AUGCUAUCCCUUCUGAAAGUCAUUCCCAAGGCCUUAUCUUCCGCCGCUCUAAUUUGUCUCGCCGUGGUCUUUUCGGCAUGUACAUCGCCGUCUUCUCUUCACGACGUGUACUUUUUGAACCAACUGAAGGUGAAUGUGAUUGGGAUCCAGAAUCCAGAACACCUAAAUUUCCUUCGAUCGCUCGUCAUUCCCAGUACAGAGAAUUCUUCGUCCUCUCUAGAAAUAGGACAUAUUUCGGACAGCCUUUAUGAAUCUGUUGUUGAUGCAGUAGACCACAUAAGCGGGCAUGUUUUGGACCAGCCCAGUCAUGUGCAAUCUCUCUUCCCAAUAUACUAUGCAAUUGGCCUCUGGAGCUACUGCGAAGAAAAACCAAGCGAUAAAUCCUUCUCAAUUGCUCAAAACCCAGUGCUCGCUUCUUGUUUGACCCGAUGGAUAUUUUUAGGCACUUGGCUAGGUCCGGCAGAUGCAGUAACGUCAGACUUGAUCCAACCUGUUCUGAAAGGGUACGAUCACAUUUCACAAUGGAUCAUAGGUGCCUAUAUCACUGGCUUCAUUGCCGCAUUUCUUGCGAUUGUCAUAGAUCUCGUCCGAUUUCCAAUGGCAAAAGUGGCCGUUAUGAUAUCCUCAUCGGUAUCAUCUCUAUUGAUUAUAGGAGCAUCAGUAUCGGUGACUAUCUUAUACCAGCUACUGGCUAAGGGAAUCAACAGUCUUCUUCAACAUGAAAUCACGGCUAAUCUCGGUCCACAUGCCAUGGCAGCAACAUGGCUGGCAGUAGCAUUUUCUGCUGGCUCCAGUUUGCUCUUGGCUAUCGAGGUGUGUUGCUGCUGUCUGUGA